AGUGAUUCAAUUGUGGUCCGGCAGUAUAAGCAAACCGAUUGCAGCUGAUGAUAUUUAUCUUGUUUAUAUUCCGUACAUGUGUCGUUAAUUUGACCUAAAAUCUGCACACUGACGUUCAGUAAGGCGAGGAUGUUAAUUUACUAGCCAGAAGAAAAACGGAAGUUGGUGACGAGCUUGAAAACAUGUUAUGAAAUGGUUCGAAAUACUACUGCUGUAGGUUCGUUUCCGGUUCAUGUGCGGCACGAGGUAGGUUCGAAUAAGAACAUUACUAGAAUGACUGGGUAAAACGUGACCAGCGUAGUGACUAGUUUGCAUGGAUAAGCGGCUAAGACACAGAAAUACCACAACGUGGCACGUUGUUGUAAUAUGUCUUCAAGUAUAUUCAAAUGAUCUUAAAGCGAAUUGCUAACCUACCGUGCGAACAUGUAAUGAAUAGUUAUUAAAUUAGUUAUGCGCUGUGAAUAGCCACUGUGGUACUUUUAGUCCUAACUAGCUAAAUAUUUAAUAAUGUCCUCUCCCUACCAGCUUAGUUCGUAACUUUAAUUUAAGGCUUCGGUUGCUUGUCAGCUUUAUGCAAUUUUGUCUUCAUUUCUUAAAAAUAGGAUAAGUCGUUAUAUGUGUCCAGGAAAUAAUGCUAACGCAUUGUGUAAGAACGCAAGUUUUCUUCUUGAGGAGACCUAAAAUGCCAUCGCCAUUGCCAUGUAGAUUUACGAAUCCCCUCCAAUUUUGGAGAGACUGUGCAAGUUUGCCGUCUGACACUGGCGACACUGAUCACAUUAAGACAUUCAUUGAACUCUGUUCAGACCGCUAUUACAUAAUCCGUGACACACGCAAUUGGGACUCCUUUCGUCGCGGCAUCAACUGUCGUUAUGGACCCUUGGGAAUGGAACUGAGGAAGGGUAUGCUGGAUAAGUGGUGGGCUUCAGUGGUGAUGUCCCGGGCGCAGGUGUUCGGGAUCAGUACUAUGCAUCUGACCAGGACCACGUCUGCAACAGCGGAGAGCACUCUGAAGUUAGUCGAAAGCAAUGCCCUGGACUGUACUGUAAACCAAAAGGGAUUGCCCUGGGACCAGGCUAGAGACACUUUGAAGAGGCAACUGCAGGGCAGCCCAACAGUGCGGACUAAUCUGCUGCAAGGUGCUUUGGAGCAGUAUUUGUCUUCCUUGGAGCUGGUGAACAGGAGGUUGCCAUUUGGCCUGGCAGAGACGGGUGUGUGCUACCAGGCUUUGGAGGAGCAGACCAAUGGGCCUGGUUGCCCAGCUGAGUUUACGCAGGCCUCACUGGUCUGGUUCUGUUCCCCUCGCACCUCCUCCCAGUGGUUGGACUACUGGGCACGCCAGCGGCUGCAGUGGUGGCGAAAAUUUGCCUUGGGCCCCUCCAGCUUCAGCUGCAGUGACGUUUCGGACGGGGAAGAGGGCGAGAGAGCGUCUCGCGGAGUCAGGAUACUGUACCACUUCCCUUGGGGCGCAGAGCCACUGGAGACGCUGUGGAACCUGGGGGAUGCGGAGCUGCUGCAGACCCACAAGGGUAGCCGUGCCAAGCUGCAGUGUAGAGACGGGAGGAAGUCCGUGGUGCCUCACGUCAUCUCUGUGAGCGGGAACGUAGACCGUGGUGUUUUGGCAUACCUGCACAACUCUCUACAGGAGAUUAGGAAAACGGACAGUAAACAGAGACUGCACAAGAGAAAGGUGCUGAAGCUGCAUCCCAGUUUGGCCCCAGUUAAAGUCGCUUUGGAUAUGGGCCGGGGGCCUACAGUGGAUCUGCGACAGGUUUGUGAGGGUUUACUUCAGGAGUUACUGGAAGGAGGGAUAACAGCAUGGCCUGGUUACCUGGAGACUAUGCCAUCCUCCAUGGAGCAGCUCAACACCAAGUAUGAUGAGAUGGGGGUGUUGUUCACCAUAGCGAUCACCGACGGCACACUGGAGAGUGGCCUGGUUCUGGUGAGGAGCCGAGACACCACCAUAAAAGAGACCAUGCACAUCUCCAAGGUCAAAGCGUUUCUCGCCAAGUACAUCAGUGCAUCGGAAAAUAUCUGAGCCACAAAGAACUCUGCUUCCUACAGAUACAGAUGCAUUGUGAUAAUGACUUUCACUUGUCUGUUUUUGACAAACUUUUUUUCAACUAAAUGUGGGAAUGUAAAUUAUUAACAUUUUUAUUGUGAUUAAAACUUCUUGUGAUAUGGAUGUAUUGGUCUUGACAUGUGCUUUAUUUUGUAUCAUAUUGAAGACUUUUUUUGCUCUAAGAACUAUUAUUUAACUGUUCUUUUUUAAAACUGAUUAACAAAGUUGAAGGGACAGUUCCUUCAGAAAUUGUUUUUCAUUCAUUGUCUAACCUCACAAAAUGUCUUUUGAUCCUGCAAUGACAGCUCUCCUCAACAUAUUUUUCAGAUUUGAUUAUUUUAUCAAAAAAACAGGAAUAUAUUUGAAAAGGAGAUAAAUGGAUUUAAGUGUGUUGGUAUUGAUCUACUGUGGUAGUGACACAGUAUGUGUAACACUCCUUUUUUAUACUUUAGUAUGUUUCUAAUGAAAAUAGAAGGUUAGAGGUUAUUUAAUUUUGGAUAUGGUUAUGACUGUACCUACAGUACUCCAAAUUACUCAUUUUCUCAAACAAUUGAUAUAUUUUUAUUAUCCUGUGUUCUUUAAAUAGUUUUUUUUGACCCUUAGCUGAAUCUUUCCUGUCUACAGACUUCCCCACAUUUUGGUAAUGAGGCUUUCUGAUGCCUUUCUGAUGGAGUAAUCAAAUCUGAAGAAGUAUGCUGGGGAGACCUGUCAUUAUCAAAAAACAUUUCUCAAGCUAAGAACAUGAGUCACAUAUUUUUUUUACACCAUUUGUCUAUAUUGUCUAUAAAGCCAUCCUUCACAAAUUACUCUUACCUCACUUCACCUUAAGUAAUGAAAGAAAGUGCCUUAUAACACAGUUUUAAAGUUCCUUAAAUUUGUUCAAAUCUGGGUAAAAGUGCUUAAAAAUUGUAUGCCCCUCAAACCUUGAAUGUGUUACAUAAAGAAUUGAAACUUGA